AUGUGUCAGCCUGCAGCCCAGGCUUCCAAAGCCUUCCCAAUAACAGCCCUUUCAGUGAGAGUCCUUACGUUGAUUUUCCUCUUAGCGUCUCUCAUUGUUCUUGCAACGGACACUGCAACAUUUAGAAACCUUGCAUCUCGGGAAGUCACUCUUCGCUUCAAGAAUAUAUAUGCCUAUCGUUACAUGCUUUCUGCAAAUGUGAUUGGAUUGGCUUACACACUUUUGCAAAUACCCUUUGCAAUCCACCAUGUAAGCUUGGGGAAACGCGUGAUUAACCAUGUCAGCCUGCUUUACUUCGACUUCUUUGGCGAUAAGGUUAUACUAUCCUUAUUGGCUACUGGGGUUGGGGCAGGAUUUGGUGCAACUAGCGACCUGAAGGAAAACCUAGAUCAACUGGACAGGUUUACUGCACGAAUCGGCUACCCAGUUCUCUCUGAAAUCCGACCAAAGGGAGACAACUUCUUUAAUACGGGGUUUGUCUCUGCAAGCCUACUUCUCAUGGGUUUCCUGUGCUCUGCAGUAUCAUCAAUCAUAUCAUCCUUGGCCCUCUCCAUUAAGGAGUAGACGAAUAUUAGAGGAGAGGAGGGUAAAGACGGUGUAAAUUUGUUAGGCCUGGCUAAUGGGAUAUAGCGCUCCAAGCUAGGUUAAUGCUAAGCCCAGUUUUCGUUUUACAAGAGCC